CUUCCGGUCUGCGGAGCCUGGCGGCCAGAGCGGCGGCGGCGGCGGCAGCGUCGGCAGCCGAAACGCGGGGAUGGCGGGUGCCGGGAGCGAAGCCCGGUUCGCCGGGUUGUCGCUGGUGCAGCUCAACGAGCUGCUGGAGGACGAGGGGCAGCUGACAGAGAUGGUGCAGAAGAUGGAGGAGACGCAGAAUGUUCAGCUUAACAAAGAAAUGACGCUGGCCAGCAACCGGAGCCUGGCAGAAGGAAACCUUCUCUACCAGCCCCAGCUGGACUCUCUGAAAGCACGUUUGACCCAAAAAUACCAGGAACUCCAGGUGCUCUUUGAAGCCUAUCAGAUAAAAAAGACCAAAUUAGAUAAACAGUCCAGCAGCGCUUCCUUGGAGACCCUGCUAGCGCUUCUGCAGGCGGAAGGGGCCAAGAUCGAGGAGGACACGGAGAACAUGGCAGAGAAGUUUCUCGAUGGAGAGCUUCCCCUGGACUCCUUCAUCGAUGUCUAUCAGAGCAAGCGGAAACUGGCCCACAUGCGAAGGGUUAAAAUCGAGAAGCUCCAGGAGAUGGUGCUGAAGGGGCAGAGACUUCCCCAGGCCCCGCCGCCGGCCCCGCUGCCCCCCAGGGUGCCCGAGCCGGUGCCCGCUGCCCCCCUGCCCUACUCCUCCCCAGAGGCCAGCGGGCCCCCCUCCGCGGUGCCUCGGCGCAUCCCUCCUCCACCGCCCCCGGUGCCUGCGGGACGCUUAGCCGCGCCGUUCGCCGCCGCCCUGGGCUCAGGACAGGGCCCCCUGCACCCAGUGGCGCAGUGCCCACCGCUGCCCCCGCGCGGGGGCCUCCCCGCACAGCAGGGCUUCUCCCUGCAGCAGUUUGUGUUGCCACCGUACCCGCCGGCGCUGCCCCAGAGACCCCCGCCCCGGCUGCCUCCGCACCAGCCGGGCUUCAUCCUCCAGUGAGCGGCCCUCGCCCUCCCCGCGAGACUGCCUCGCCGGCGCCUGCUGGCCGGGUCCGCGCGCGCAGAUGGGGGCCGUGAGCACCGGCUGCUCUGCCAGGGGCUCUGGUGCUCGGGCCAGGGCGUCCAUCUGGUUGUAGAGCCGUAGGUCAGGGGUAAGCAGACGUAGAACCCUGGUUGUGGACACCUAGGCGGUUGUGCGCUGGGCCUCAGCCGGGCCUCCCCGUGGUCGCGCUGGUUUGUCUUCUCGGUGUGAUUCCUCAGUCUGGUGUUGAAGUCGUGAGUUUGGGAAAAGGCUCCCCCCACCGCCUCCGUUCCCACGUAGGAUCGUGGUCCUCCCGUUGCAGCUUUAUUUAAUAAGCAUGGUUCAUCAUUUCUGCUUUAUUUUCAAGACGGUUUUGUGUGUCCCAGCCCACCGCCCACCGCAGCCCCUGGUGGGGGUCGGUCGGUGGGCCAGCCCGGAAGGUGCUUACUGAACCCGUGUGGGGCGGGCGGCCCUCACAGCCCCUCCCUCCCCCGAACCUGGAUGCUUCAAAGCCACCCUCGGAGUUUGCACUUGGCCCACUGCCACGUCCAGAGGCCGGGCGAGUUGCAGCUGGGUGAGGAGGUGGCCGGGAGCUGGACUUUGCACAGCAAAUGACGGCCCCAGCUCCUCCUCCUCUGCCUCCGCCUCGAGCCAGCCCGAGGCUCUCUAUGAAGAAAUACUCCUCCAAUAUUUUUACUAUGUGUGUAAUUUUCCUGUUUUAUAUUGGGAAAGAAAACUUUUUUGACACUCAUAAGACCAUUCAGGGAAACUUUAUGAACAAUGCACAUACUGUUCUGAGCAGGUUGAGAACACAGAUGACGUGAACGCGGUUUCCUUUCUUGCAAGCAGCGCGCGGUCGCCCCUGCGGGGGCCCGUGCUGUGCCUUCGCUUACCUGGUGCCGAGUGGCCGGCCAGGCGCUGGGGCGGCGUCACCAGCCGCUGCUGCCCCUGCGGCUCUGCGUUCCUUGUCGUGUUGCAGGUGGAAGAAAAGCCCACCCACCUUGAACCAGAAUACCCUUAGCCAAUAUUCUCUGCCUCUGACUGGGCCUUGGGGCAGGGGUGUGACAGAGGGAUGCCAGCAGCAUCUCAGCUCGGCCUGGAGAAAGCCUGCCCCGCAGCGUUAGGGAGGUACCAGCAAGCUCCGAUGCUCUGGCAACACCCCGGGCUCUGCCUGCCCCCUGGGUUCUCAUCCGCACGUGCCAUGGGUGCUGGAUUCCCAGGGCCCCAGGCGGGGCUGGGGGUAGUGUUGCCGCCCACCUGUUGACCAAAAAAGGCCCGUGUGCUCAGUUGUGGAACUCCCGACUCCGGCCUGUGACUCCCCAGCUGGCUGCUGCCCAGGUGACGGAACCCAGGCAGCGCUCACACGGGGUCUGUCCUGGCAGGCCCUGGGCGAGGCCACCAACCUUUGUCCUCAGUUACUGUACAUUUCUACUCCUGGACUUGAACUCUGCUGUAUCGAAAUUGUUUUUAAAGAGAACAGCUGCACAGGACGAUUUACUGCCCUGCCAGUCAGGUGGGCCUGUUCACGUCUGUGACUCUCGAGAGUGGUGCCACCCACCCCGUACCUCUGCCGCCUGCAAGGGGCACAGCCAAACGUGUGAGCUCGGUGGUGAUGCGGGGGAGGGCCGCCAGGCUGGCCUUGCCGUCUCCAGGGCCACACCUGCGCUGUGGUUCUAAAGCUGUUAAGACCCUUUUUAAUAAAUAGAGAAUUGUUAAUAACGGCCCUGUCCUUUAUUUGCCUGGGGACCCUCAUGACGUGUUUGGUUCUAGAGUAUCAGCCAUCAGUGUUCCAACAGUGAGGCUGGCUGGUGUGGCUCUUGAAGUUACAAAAACUAAAGGCCACUGAGGUGGCUGAAGUGGCCGCCUGGCCCUAACAGCAGAGUUGUUCUUGAUCCGAGAUUCUCACGUGCGUCCAAAGAGUCAGAAGGAAGCGCGCUCCUCCUGUGUCGGGGUGUCUUUGGGAUCUUAGCUGCCCUGCCAGGGCCUCAGCACGGGACUCAGGGUGCCCCCCGGCUUCUGUCCACAGGGCCAGCUGCACAGCUGAUGGAAACUCUACUUAGAACAUUCUCUGCUGAUUUCAAGUAAAUGAUACAAUCCUGUGGCUGGCAUUUUGCUCUCGAGACUCGCCCACAGGUGUUUAAAGGGGACCCAUGGCUGAGUCACGCGCUGCUGGCGGCUGGGAGGAGGGACCUCACUGCCCACUGGCGCCUUUGUGCCCCUGGGAGGGACUCUCCUCAGGGUGUUUGUGGAGCAGGAGUGCGAAGCAGCCCCAUGAAAGCUUCCCUGUCACUGUGUCCUCUGAACGGAUGCCAUUGCCUUCGCGGCACGGUGCCAGGAGGGCGUCUAGGAGACACUGCUGUGCUUCUCCUGUAAGAGGGGAGCGUCUCCUGAGAAAUCAUCUUGCUUUUGUUUAUGAGAAUGUGUCUGACAGUUUUGUCUUUUCCCAGUGGCUGCUGGGAAGCUUACAGCCAAAUCUGCAGUCCACCCCGCCUGGGGGCGCUGGGCUGGACAGAGCCACGUGUGACUCUCUCCUCCCUCCUCGGGGCCGCUUUGCUCACGGGACAGCCAGGGAGGACCAGUGCCUGACCUCAGCCGACGGGUAGGUGCCGCGCGUGCUCACUGAGGACCUAGGUGCGGUCGGCUCACGCCAUCCUUCACUGGUUUGGAUUUGGUGAGAGAACCGUCUGCUUUAGUCUGUUUGCCGGAGCGGUUUUCCUUUCAAACAGGGACCAGACACCGCUCCCUCUCACUGCCCUUCCGGUUCACGGAGGCUGCUUUUCAAAGCCCUUUCUCACCUGACCACAGCCGCCCCCUCACAGCCCCACUUCAUCCUCCGGGAAACCGAGGCAGGGGGCGUGGCAUGCUUGCCACGCGGCAGGAGCCACACGAGGUGCCCUUUUCCUCCCCCGACCUGCACUGUCCUUUGGAUCCACAAAUGCUGGUGACCUUGGGGGAGGGGUGCGGUUGCUGAGGGCAGCCGGCCACGGGGUGCUUUCAGGGAAAGUGGGUGCGGACACAGCCAGCUGUGCGCUCAGGAACCUAGAUGCCUGGUAAGUUCUCCAGUGUCAAGGCUGGUUUGGCCACUCCAGUC